AUGGAUCCAGCCGAUAUCGAAGGAGCCGCGCGAGAUUAUCGCGAAUCGUUGGCAGAGUUGAAAAAUAACAACAAAACUCAAAUCAAUUUUCUCACAAUCUUGGCCGACGACUUCAAAGGGGCAGCCAAGGAAAUCGUUGAUGUCAUUGAAACGCAUCUGACUACUUGUGCACCGUCCCAGAAGUUGCCUGUAAUGUAUGUCUGUGAUUCUAUUCUCAAGAACGUUGCAAAACCAAAUGACUACCACGCCCUGUUCGCAAGGAAAAUCAUCAACAUGUUUGAGCACGUCUUUCGACAGGUAAAUUUCAUUCUUGAAUCGGGUUUCCUGUUUCUCGGCGAAGAGGGAACUCGUUCAUCGUUAUACAGACUCCGUGUCACCUGGGCAACUACUGGAGCAUUCAUGCCUUCGAAACUGUAUGCAUUGGACAUGAAGAUCAACAGACUGGAUCAAGCAUGGCCGAUUUCGAAUCCAAAUACAGGACGAGCACUUCGCACCGAUCCGCAAGUCAUGGUUAAUGCUCCAUCUACUUCGAGACCAUCAGUUGCACCUACCAGCUCUGGUGCCCCGAUCCCGCCUGCUCGCACUGUUGCUCCUGUCGCACCACCAACUCGUGUGUUCGUGAAUCCAAGGUUCAUCGAAGCUGCUGGUGCUUCAGCCAUUGCUGCUCAGCAGACGACGUCGACGACGAAGAAAACCUCUGAGAAAACGAGGUGUAAAACCGUGAUGUUAUUUCAGAAGGCAUCGUCGUCAGUCAAGGAGAAGCCGAUCAAGAAAGAACCCAAAGAGCGUAAGCAAGAUCCUCUCGAUAAACUUCUUCCCUCUACGGCCAGCGGAUCUUCAAAAUCAGCUGCUCCGCCAGGAUCCAAGAGGAAGUCGAUACCUGCUGAACAUCCGAGUGCUCCGAUUCGAAAGAAGAAUCCACAGCCAGAUCUUGAUGAAGAUCUUCGAUCCAUAAACUUGUCCAACAAAAAUAAUGUUUCGCAACAUGCACGUGACCAAGACUUCAGACCAAAGGCUCUAGCACCAACCUCCGUUAUCGGAUCCCAUGCGUUUGCCCCAGCAGUGUCCCGAACAGUAGUUCCACCGACUGUCCCACCCACUCAUUUCAUUCCACUUCCACCGCAACCAGCUCAUCCAAUGCCUCCAUUUAGUCUGGCUACUCAGCCAUCGACUCCCCAAACAAUUGUUUCUAAUGGAAUGAAUGGAGGCCCAUAUCAUCAUCAUUCACCUCCCCAAGAUCCAGCUCCAAUGGCUACAAUGGCUCAGGUUGCACCAAUGGCUCCUCCAGUUCAAAUGGCAUCGUCCCAACAAUCGAAAAAUGUAUAUUCAUCUGAACAAACGAAACUUGAUGUGCCUGCCAACAAUCGUAUCUUCGUCGACGGAAAAGCCUACGAAGUUAUGUUCGUUGAUGAUACUGCAGUCAUCGAGCGUGGCGGUGCUCCACACAGAAUCUAUUUUGCGGGACCGAAACGCGACUUGCUCAUUGACGGAAUCGCACAUACUUUGGAGUUUGACAAGGCCACUCCAGUGGAGAUUCUCGGUUCAACUCAUAUCGUCAAGUUCGGAGCUCCAUCUCGCGAACUCUACAUUGGAGGUCAUCCAUUCAAAGGACAAUUCGGUGGUCCACCAAUUGUUGCCACAAUCAACGGACGUCGUCAUGAGAUUAGAUUAACCGGAAGCGCGCCAGAAGUCCGUAUUGAACCUGAGCCAUCAUAUCAUCUCACUCAUUUCUUGCAUAAGAUGCGAGAAGAGAAAAAGAUUGAGAUUGCCUCGGAGAAACCGGAGAAGAAAGAAGACUGGCUUUCCUAUCUCAAAAGUCUUCAAAAGUCUGGAAUACUACCACCAGUGAAGAAUCCAUCACCACGUCAGCAGGUAUCACCACCUCCAGCAACAUCCAAUCACAAUUAUAGUAAUGGAGCCAGAGGAGGCCGUCAAAAUCAACGCGGUCCAGGUGGUCAAUCGCGAUGGGGAGCACCAGAGCAAAAGAAGCCAAUUCUUGCUACUCCACCAACGCCAACUGGCAAUGGUAUCGAGAAGAGAAAUUCGCCACCAACUACAAUCACUGAUUAUAACAUUCGAGUAUUACAAGUUCGAUAUGAUUCGGUUGUUGACGCAUUGAUCACAAAAAGAUCAGAUUCGUGCACAAUCUGCGGCAUGCGGUUGGACGAUUCACAAGGAAAGUCAAAAGAAUGGCAAGAUCAUAUGGAUUGGCAUGUCAAGCAAAACUUGGCUCGUCAUGGUUCUAAUUCGUCUGCUGCUGCUAUUCCAUACCGUCAAUGGUAUCCGUCUACAAGCACGUGGCUCACUCCCCGAGCAUCUGAGCAACCAUCCGAUCAGAACGCUGAGAAGCAGGGUUCUCCACUUCCCGGAGUUGAUUCCGCUGGUGUCAAAACAAAAGAAUGCUCGGUAUGCGGAGAGAAGUUCGAUGAGUACUAUGACGAUGAUGAGGAGAUGUGGAGAUUAAGAGAUACCGUCAGCCACAAUGGAAGGAUUGUACACGCUGCAUGUGCGUCAGAUGCAGACACCCACUUUUUCGACAAUUCUACGUACUUUGCCGAUGCUGAAAUAAAGAAAGAGGAACCAUAUGAGGACGGCGUAUACGCUUGA